AUGAUAGACAGAUAAUUUUUGAAAGUAUAAGCAAUUUAUUGGAUGUCAUUUUGUUACUCCAUUUAUUUCUAUAUAGAGGAUAGAAAUACAACUAAUUUAAUAUGUUUGGUAAUUAUAUGCUUGUUAUUUCCUGUUGUUAUAGUAUUUCAUUUUGCGAAUUUAAGAACAAAAAUUAUUGGAACCAUAUUUUGUAUUCAAAUAGAUUUGAUAUGUCUUAUAAUUCUGAAUUAAUAAAACUUAAACCAUGUUUCAUAUGCUUAAUUAAUAAUAAGUUAAUACAUUUCAAAAGAUCUUAUUAAGAAGGUAUAGACAUAAAACAAACAUUCAAUAAGCAUAAUGUCUCUGUAUUAUAGUAUGAUAAUAGUUGUAUGUGCAUUUCAAUAAAUAUAUUUGCAUACUGAUAAUGAGUUUCAAUUAGAGUACCCUCAAUUAAUGUUAUGUUUAUUACUGUCCUUAUAAGAAAGCAUUAUAUUGAAAAAGAUAAAUUAAAAUUAGUUGAAUACAACAAUUCCAAUUGAUAUAGGACCAAUUCAUAAAUCAGAUAGUUUAGGAAAAAGAGUGGUUUCAGUAGUUGAAAGUGAUAGAAAUUUGAUUUUAGAUCAAUCAAAAGAAAGUGCAAGAAUGUUGUGUAAUAAUUUUAGCAAUAUUUAAUAACAUUACAUCAAUUCUGAAAUAAUUUAUAAUUCACUUGAAAUCUUACAAGAAGGACUUAUAGUAUUAGAUAUAUUAGAUGAAAAAACAUAAUCAUUCAAAAUAUAAUACAUGAAUAAUGCAACAAGAGCAUUAUUUGGUCGUGAAUAGGAUGGAGAUAUUUUAUAUAUUUUAGAAAGUUUUAACACAUUACAUAUUUAAAGUUCAGAGAUCUUGGAUGAUCCAAAUAUAUAAUAAAGAUUAUCAAAUUUACAUCAUUCUCGUAUUUGCAAAUCUAUCUUUUUAUAAAAAGACUUAUUUGGUUCAGUCAAAUAACCAUUAUUAGAUGGAUAGAUGUUUGAAAAAUAUCAAACAAUCAGUAUGAAAGACUUAUUAGAAAAAAUGAUAAAGGCAAAAAAAUCAGAUGUUAUAACAGUAAAUACACAUUUUGGUGGCAGUAUCUAAUUAAAUACAAAUAAAAAUAUAACUAUUUCUUAAUCUAAUGCUGGAUUAUAAUCAAGACAUGAAUAGAAUGAAAGAUUGAUGGAAUUCACUUUAACUCUUACUAGGGAUCGAAGUAUUUUAAUUAUAUGUAGAGAUGUAACACAUAGAUAAAAAAUAAGAUAUUUAAAAGAUUAUGAUAUUUAAAAAUCAAAAAUGUUGUCAUUUGUAAGUCAUGAAUAUCGUCAACCAUUAGGUUGUAUUAUUUAAAUGAUUGAAUGUGUAUUAAUAUAGCCAAUUAUAACUAGUAAUUCAGAUAUAGUUGAAAAUUUACAAGUAGCAUUGGAUAAUUCAAAAUAUAUGUUGAAUUUAUCUAAUGAUUUAUUAGAUUUGGCUUAAAUAAAGAAUGGAAAAUUUAAAAUAAAAAAGGUAUCUUUUAGUAUUGAAAAUCUAAUUAAUGAUUGUAUGAAAAUGUUCGCUUUAAAAGCUAGAUUGAAGAAUCUUUAAUUGUUAAAAAAGAUUAAUAGUAAUAUCCCAAAGUUUAUUAUAUCCGAUUAAAAUAGAUUGAAGCAAAUUAUUGUGAAUUUGUUAAGCAAUGCUUUUAAAUUCACUUGUAGUAAAAUAGAGAUCAUCAUAUCGCUUUAGUCUGCUUCGUUGAGAAUUGGAGUUAGAGAUGAUGGAAUUGGGAUAAGUAAAGAAGAACAAUAAAUGUUAUUUAAGGCAUUUUCAAAAGUAAAUUCGGAAGAAAGUAAAAAAUUAAAUGAAUAAGGUGUUGGUUUAGGAUUAGUUAUUAGUAAUUAAAUUGCUUAAACUAUUGGAUGCAGUGGAUUGAAUAUAGAAUCUAAAAAAGAUCAAGAUAAUCAUUAUUCAUUAUUUUAUUUCGAUAUGUUAAUAGAUUUACCUGAAUAAAAGAAAGUGGCAAGUAUUAAAAUUCCUGAAAUAAAUCCUCUUUAUUAGGAAGUUGAUGAAAUAAUAACUUUGAAUUAAGAAUAAUAAAAAAUAACUCAAGAUGCUAUUUCGUAUUGUUCUCAUUGUUUAAUUGUUGAUGAUGAAUUCUUUAAUGCCUACGCUUUUAAUAAAAUUUUAUAAGGAGUUCUGAAAAACUAUUACUAAUAAAUUGAUGUAGAAUCUGCUCUUUCUGGUAUGGAAUCUAUAGAAAAAGUGAAAAAUAAAAAGUGUAACAAUUCAUGCCAAGGAUACAAACUAAUAUUCAUGGAUGUAGAAAUGCCCAUAAUGAAUGGUAUAUAAACUACUAAAUAAAUAUUGGCUAUAAAUCCUAACUAAAUCAUUAUUGGUUGUAGUGGUUAUUCCGAUUACUAAGAUAAAAAGAAAUGUUUCGAGGCAGGAAUGUAAGAUUAUAUCACCAAACCUGUCAACGAAACAGAACUUUAAGAAAUACUCAAGAAAUAUUUAUGA